GCAUACUGUGUAGCUCCCUAAAUCAGAAAAAUUACUCUGUACUUACGCAGUGUCAGAUUAGAAGCUAUGAAAUCAAAACCAAACCCCAGAGUUUGGCAGCAAGCCAUAAAACCUGUAGUUACUUAGAAGUGGUUCUCUGUCCCAGGAAAAGAAGAAAGCAGUAUUAAAUCUGACUUACAGCCGCACAGGGUUAGAUGCCAAUGCUUCCAUCUCAUUGAGAAGACAGUAAACUCUUCUUUCUAGUGGUGCUGUGCUAGUAUUUCCUGAGUCUGCUGCUCCUUAAAUUCCCUGCUGGUUCAAGAUUACUUACAGAUUCCUGACUGCUGUGGGUCUGAGAUAAGCUGUGUUAGGGGAGAACUUUAUCCAUGGAGAAAGAAAGAGAUGACAUUUCCCAAACCUAACAUCUGUUGGCAUCUACAGAGCAGUUUGAUGCAUUAGAGGCGUCCCCUUGGGAGAAGGAGUAACUGUGUUUCUAUUUUUGCAUGAAAUCAGGCUCAGCAGAGGGCAUGAUGCUGCAUGAAAAUCAGUGUGGAUCUGCUUUCCCACUGUCAUCUCCUUGGAGUUAGGGGUGAGGCAGAGGAUGGCAGUAAGAAGAGGAAUGCAAGCAGCCCUCCACAUCACCUACUAAAGCAGAGGGGGGUCUGUUUCAUGCACUUUCUGCUGGCUGCCAGCCAGUAACGUAACUCACUCUGCUUCUGCUCUUUGCAGGGAGACAGCUCUGUUUCCGCUAACUGCUUGGCUCAAUUCGGCACUUUUUAUUAUAGCCCAACAUAGCACGACAAUGCAGCUGAUUCACUGCAUCACGGCUGGGGUGAGGACCGCAAUCAUGCCAUCCCAGGGGAAGCAGUGGGAGUACGGGAGCAUGAGCUCUGGCUCUGCUCCCAGCCCAACUUUUGGGACUUGAAAGGGAUGGAUGUGCUGUGUUCUAAAUAUCCACUCGUACACCUUUAACUCCAAUGCUUAAGCUUUCAGGUAUUUUAGGUUAGAGCUGUCUCCUAACCAGCCUGAAGCUACGCUGCACCAUGCUGUAAUCCUGACAAUCCUUUUGACUGGAUGUGCUUGGAUCUAGUAAUUUUCCCGAUGGCUGACCUCCAAGAAAAAUGGUGUUGAUCAUUUGCAACGCCCCGUGAAGCAGUCCCUGAGUGCCUGCAUGUGCCGGGAGUCCCACUGGAAAUGUCUCCUCCUCUCCAUCCUCAUGUAUGGCUGCCUGGGUGCAGUGGCCUGGUGUCAGCUGGCUCGGGUCACCAAGCUUAGCUUUGAUAGCUCCUUCAAGGGCAAGUCCAUGAUCUACCAUGACAGCCCAUGCUCAGACGGCUAUGUCUAUAUCCCGCUGGCCUUCCUCUCUAUGCUGUACGUGGUGUACCUGGUAGAGUGCUGGCACUGCCACGUCAAGAGAGAGCUGCAGUACAAGGCAGAUGUGGACAGUGUCUAUGAAUGCAUCAACCGCAUGCAGCAAGCCACUCCGUGCAUCUGGUGGAAGGCCAUCAGCUACCACUUUGUGCGGCGAACCCGGCAGGUGACCCGCUACCGCAACGGUGAUGCCUACACCACCACACAGGUCUACCAUGAGAGGGUCAACACCCACGUGGCUGAAGCUGAGUUUGACUACUCUCACUGUGGAUACAAGGACAUCUCUAAGGAGCUCCUAGGCCUGGAGAGCUACACAGCCACCAAGCUGAGGUUCACCAAGUGCUUCAGCUUCGCCAACACUGAGUCUGAGAACUCCUACCUGACUCAGAGGGCUCACUUCUUCACAGAGAUUGAGGGUCUGGAUGACUACAUGGAGGUGAGGGAAGGAAUGCAGCUCAAAAACGUGGACUUCAAAGAGCUGAUGAUGGCCUACGGGGACCCGGAUCACCUCCCAUGGUACGUGUCCCACUAUGCUUUCUGGGUGGCAGCUAUCCUCAUGAUCUCGUGGCCGCUCAGGGUACUCAUAGAGUAUCGGACUGCUUACGUCCACUACCACGUGGAGAAGCUGCUGGGCCUGGAGUACACGGCACCCACGGCGGUGGAGGAGCCCCUGUACCGAUACCGCAUGCCCCGCGACACCACACAGGACAGCACGGAGCUGGAGUGGCACAUCUGCACCAACCGGCAGCUGAUCCCCAGCUACUCGGAGGCCAUGCUCAUGGACCUGGCCAGCUCCCCAGCCUAUGCAGUGUGCCAGUACAGCCAAACGGCCCACGGCUGUGACCGCUGCAACCGCGCCUCCAGCACCUCCUCCAUCUUCUCGCGCCACGCUUUCCAUAGCUGCAACUCCCGCCUCUCCCUCAACACCAGCCGCUUCUCCCUGUGCCGCGUCCAUGGCUCCCACAGGACAGGCCUCUGGAGGAGCCGCAGCAGCAGCAUCGCCGACCGCGGCUGCCAGGACGAGCAGUGCUGCUCCUACUCCAGCCAGCUGGCCAUCAAUGAGAAUCCCCCGACCUACCAUGAUGCCCGCUUCUUCCCCGUGCUCAUCGUGCACCGGCCCGAGGGGCACAGCGGGCAGCCUUUCUAUGUCAGGCGCUCCUCCUGCCUGGAAACCUCGCUGUGACGUGAAUCCAUGAUUCCCCAGCUCCUCUGCCCCGGGAUGGGGCUCGCAGAGGUGCUGCCAGUGGGAGCCUGCAAGUGUCAGUCCCCGCAGUGGGUCAGCAGGAUGAGCUUUAGCUCUUCCCCCUGCCACUGCAAGAAGAUGUAGUCCCUCUGACCAACAGCUAACCUCAUUUCCCUCCUUCCAUUGGUGUCCCUAGGCUUUUGUUCCCCUCUUCCUUUCACUCUUCACCCCUUCUUGUGCUCCUCAGGUCCCUGCCUUCCCUCCCAUCCCACUCCCAGUCUUGUUCUUUACAUCUCAGCCACAGCAUUGUUGCCACGGGAGGAUUUAUAAAGCCUGUGCUCUGCAGUGUAUUUGCCCUCCUGGAUGCCCUACAAGGUAAGAAACCCGGAUAAAGCAAGGCAAAAGGCGAGAGUCAGAAGGCGAAUCAGAUCUGCAGACACUGAGUAACCAUCUGCAAGCCCCAAACAAGUUGCUUUUUUAAUGCAUUUUAUUUUCACCAGUCUUUUUUCCUUUUCUUCUCUCAUUUAUUGUCUCUUUUCUUCAUGUUCUCCUCCUCUCACUUUACCCUCAUCUUCCUUUUUCCUUUAUUUCAGUUUUCUCACAUCUGCUCUCCAUUUUUUCAGGGGGUUUGCCAGUCACGGUGUCUUUCAGGGUGUAAUUCCCUUACACUGGGCAAAAAUACGGUAUUUGCAGCACAAACAUCACUGCUGACACAACCACAGGCUAUGCCCCUGGGAAGUGCUGAGGACUUUCUUUCCAGAGCAGUGACAUGCACCAAGAAAGCAAAAUGCCCUUUGCUCACCUUGCCCUGCCUGGGCUGCAGCAGAGGCACUGCUGCAUUUCCAGCUGUAGUUAACCUUGCCCAGCUCCACCCCUGUUAGCAAUCCUUAUGAGCCCUAAUGUAGAUCAGUGUCCUGUUAGUGCCACUAUUUUUAGGACCGUGGGUCUGGUUUGUGGUUGUUUCAUUCCCAGCACUUGCUCAGAGCAGCGCGGGCUGGACAAGACAAGAGGAUCUGCAGAGGGAAAGGCAAAUAUGGUAUGAACCCUCCCAGGGGUAGUCUGGAGUUGCUAGGAAGCUCUUCCACCCACAGUGUCUAUUAGAGCAGUUGCAGGACUGCUCUACGUUAUCAUUCAGCAAUCUGUGUGCCCUAGGAAGGCUUUUUGGCCAGUAGCCCACUGCCUCCUUCCCACCUUCCCAAGCAGGAUGUGGUGCCACCCCAGCCCCAGGCAGGGAGCACAGCCGGGAGCCAGCCCCACCGGCCAUUCCUGCUGGGAUAAUGGCUCUUCCCAUAAGGCUUCCCCUGGU